GAGGCAUUGUGUUGGUAGAACUUCUUCUCCGUGACUUGACUUUCUUUCUCCUCAGUGCUAAAGGGAUAUGUAUAUAUUUGAUUACCUUUAGGAUGGUGCAGGCUCAACUCUUCUCUCUCUUCUCUGUCAUUACAGGCACCUUCUCACAAUCAUGGUCCAUGACAGUUCCCCCUGUAGUGAACAGCACCAUAGGAGGAGAUGUGGUCCUACCCUGCUCCUUCACCCACCCCAAGCAACAAGACUACUCCAAAGGCAUCACAGUUCAGUGGAUCACCAGACAAUUCCAUGAUACGCCCUUCUUCCAAUGCAAGGUGAAAAAUGUUACCACGGGUGGAAUGAAUGAAUGCUCCGUUCCAGAGUCAUACCAACGCUUCUCAGUCAAAGGAGACCCUAAGCAGAGGGAUCUCUCUCUCCUCAUCAGAGAUCUGGCGGUCACAGACAAUGGAGUUUACUUCUGCAGAGUAGAGCUGGACUAUUACUGGGGUGAUGGGAAGUGGCAGACUGCCAGCGGCACACAGCUCAAUAUCAUUGCUAAGGCCCAGAUUCUCAGCCUGUCUUGGGUAGAGGCGUCCCUCGGACCAGGCAACGGGAGCCUCAGGUGUGUAGUUGAGGGGAACCCCCCAUCAACCAUCACCUGGUUCUCCUCCUCUAAGGGCAACAUAGACCCAGGUGUCAGCACCAUAGGAACCCACCCAUUUCAGUGGACCAGUUCAAUCCCCUACUUCACCCAGGAAGUGUACACCUGCAGGGCAGAGAAUAGCCUGGGGAGGGCAGAGAGACGGUUCCCCCCUGGACCCACUGCGCUGACCGUAGCCCUCUCUGUGUGUGGGGUCCUGCUUCUGCUGCUGCUCCUUGGCGUGGCUUUAUUUUACCUGAGAAAAAGAGGAUACCUGAGAUUCUGCAAUUCAGAAAAGAUUAAGCAGCAAUCUGAGUUGUGCACAGAUCCUGCUAUAGCUAUGGUCAGUGAAUCCUCUAUCUACGCCAAUGUCUCAGAAAUGGAAAGCCCACAGUCAUUGUAUAAACAUAAUUCACCAGAAGAUGGCGACAUGGAGCUAAAUCUGGUAUACUCAGACGUUCAUCUGAACACCACCACUCAAUCACCCCAAAGAAGCUCUCGUGUCCCAAUACCAGAUGAAGGUGUCCACUAUGCUAUUGUGAAGCUGGGGUGAACUGCCGAGGUGCAGCAGAGAGAAUGUAACUCUGGAGAAGAACUCCAGCGCGGUCAUUCGCCUCAGCCACCACAGAAGCAGCUGAUGCUAUCUGGGCCAAACUUCAGUGUAUCUCUGGUUGAGUGUGGUCAUCCACCAGCUCUGCAAGGAACUCUGUCAUCGAACUACUGAAGGGGUUUCUCAUAUUUGUAAGGGGUGUGUACUGGCGGCAGAGAAGUCAGACGCAGGAGAGCAAGGACUGGGUUUCCAAACGGCGCAGUUCAAAAAACAUUUUAACUACCGGAAAACAGAACAAUCAAAUAAUGGGUACAUAACCCGACUCACACCAGUACAGACGUGCACAAGCACUUACAAUAAACAAUCUGACAAGGACAUGAGGGGGAACAGAGGGUUAAAAACACAACAUGUAAUUGAUGGGAUUGGGAACCAGGUGUGAUGGAAGACAAAACCAAAGGAAAAUGAAAAGAGGAUCAGCGAUGGCUAGAAGGUCGGUGACUUCGACCGCCGAACGCCGCCUGAACAAGGAGAGGGACCAACUUCAGCGGAAGUCGUGACAAUAUUGGUGUAUAAUAAUCAUAAUAAUACAUAGUAUUUAUAUAGCAUUUUUCAAGGACGCAAAGUCGCUUGGGUCCAUGUCCAUGUUCUUACCAUGUGGUGCAUCACUAAACGAAACGAAACGUCCCUGUAGGACCACGAAGCAGAAAGAGUGUGGUGCAUCACUAAACGAAACUAAACGUCCCUGUAGAACCACGAA